CAACUCAACAAACAUAUGGAGUAUUAUCAUUCUUUAUUGCUCCAUUUCCACUCUAACAUGAACAUGUGAACCACCAAACUCCAUGACAAAAAUUGCCUCUUUUUUUCUUCCUGUUAUUUUGCCUUAAAAGUUUUUUUUACAACUUUAUUUUCUUAAAUUUGAGGUAUUUUUGAGAGUGAAUAAUGAAAUUCGGACGGAUCUCCACCAUAUAUUUAUAGCCCACAUUUUUUUUCAAUGUUUUAUUUGCUCUGCAAACUGCCCACCUAAACAAUUGUAAAUGCUUGGAUUUGUUGGAAGAAUACAAUACAAGAUUAGAAGAUGGUCCUUCCUGCUAAUUUGGUAGUCAAGAUUGUAUUUUGGGCGAUUGGGUUUCAUCUUCUUGCUAAAUCAGUAGCCAUUUCUGGUGCUGGUGUUAAUGAGAGAUUGAACAUAUGGCCUAUGCCCAGAUCAGUUAGCCAUGGCCACCACAGUCUUUAUUUGAGCAGUGAUUUUGAGCUCAAGACUGAAGGAAGCAGUUAUUUGGAUGUCUCUGGGGUUCUCAAGGAUGGGUUCUUUAGGACACUUGAUAUGAUCCGAGGACCACAUGUCAUUGAUGCCAACAAUAUCUCUGUCCUUAACCAGUCUCGCGUGCUCAAAGGAAUUCAUGUGGACGUUCGUUCGCCUAGCGAUGAGCUGCAACAUGGAGUUGAUGAAUCGUACAACUUGUCUAUAACUGAUAAUGGAGAUCCAAUAUAUGCAUAUCUCCAGGCACAAACAGUUUAUGGGGCUCUUCAUGGGUUGCAGACGUUUAGCCAAUUGUGCUAUUUCAACUUCACAGCCAAAGCAGUUGAAGUUCGUCAAGUGCCGUGGAUGAUUUUGGACCAGCCAAGGUUCUCUUAUAGAGGCCUUUUGAUUGGUCAGAUUCUUCUGAUAUUGCCCUUCUUCGUAAUCUGUGAAAUACCCCGAAUUGGUAUAUUCUUCUUUACUUCUGCUUUUUGUGAUGCAGAUACCGCGCGGCAUUAUCUGCCACUUCCAGUUAUAAAGAAGGUUAUUGACUCUAUGACAUAUUCAAAGCUGAAUGUAUUGCAUUGGCAUAUUGUGGACACACAAUCAUUUCCACUUGAGUUGCCUUCAUUUCCCAAACUGUGGGACGGUGCUUAUUCUACUUCGGAGCGGUACACGACAAGCGAUGCCACUGAAAUUGUGAGAUACGCACAAAGACGCGGAAUCAAUGUAUUGGCCGAAAUUGAUGUUCCAGGGCAUGCACAGUCAUGGGGUGUAGGGUACCCUUUGUUAUGGCCAUCAAGAGAUUGUCAACAGCCAUUAGAUGUGAGCAAUGAAUUUACCUUCAGAGUCAUCGAUGGGGUUCUCUCCGAUUUUAGUAAGAUAUUCAAAUACAGAUUUAUUCAUCUUGGGGGAGACGAAGUGAACACGAGUUGUUGGACAUCAACUCCCCGUAUAAACAAGUGGUUAAAGAAACGCCAAUGGGAUGGACCCCUAGCAUACCAAUAUUUUGUCUUGAGAGCACAGAAGAUUGCUUUAUCCCAUGGCUAUGAUGUUAUAAACUGGGAAGAGACCUUCAACAAUUUCGGCAAAAAACUGAGUCCCAAAACUGUUGUCCACAACUGGCUUGGUUCUGGUGUGGCUCAACAAGUGGUUGCUGCAGGGUUGCGGUGCAUCGUGAGCAACCAAGACAAGUGGUAUCUUGACCAUUUAGAUGCUACGUGGCAAGGUUUUUACACGAAUGAGCCACUCGCUAACAUCACCGACCCAAAGCAGCAGGCGCUAGUUCUUGGUGGGGAGGUUUGCAUGUGGGGAGAAAACAUUGAUGGUUCAGAUAUAGAGCAGACAAUAUGGCCCCGUGCUGCUGCCGCCGCAGAGAGGCUAUGGGCGUCAUAUGACAACCUCGCCACGGAUCCGCUUAAAGCUGCUGGAAGGCUGUCACACUUCAGGUGCCUGUUGAACCAAAGAGGAGUGGGUGCUGCCCCGCUGUUCGGUUUAGGCAGAGAAGCACCAUUAGAGCCAGGUUCUUGCCAUUUGCAAUAGCUCAUAGGCAAGGAACAAACUGUACCAUUAUCAUCAUCUUAUACUUGUCUCUCUUGGUUCAUCAAAUGUAAUGUGAAUCUGUUGGUAUCAAUUGAAAUGACAAUGUUUCUUAUUGUGUUCCAAUGCACCUUUUUUUUGUACAUGGCCACAAAACAAUGGAAGCCUGGCAAACACUGAUCAGGGUCUCCAAGGUGGAGAUGGUGGUGGAGUUGUUGGAUAUAACGGCGGAACACUAGAGAAAAUGGUGUUCUUGUCAACCCCAGACCCUCCGCUGGUGGUUAGAGACACAAGUGCCGCAACCAAGCCUGCAUUUCCAGCCAAAGUAGGCUCAGUGUAGGCAUAACUGGUGCGCGAAUCUUGAAACUGAUCAAACCGGUUCGGGCCACCAACCAUGGCGCCGGUUAUGUUGUUUGGGUUGGGGUCUUUGGUGUCUCGCCACUUCCACCCACCCGUGCACGAGUACUCCAUCUUGUUGUUUGGGAUGGACGCCCCCCGGUGAUGAACGUGUCUGGGAAAUCUUGCUCCAUAACCCACCACAUAGCUCAAGUUCAAUGGAUUCUCACCUAAUACAUAAUUGAUCUGCAU